AUGGGACACACAUCUGUGACGUCACCCAGACGCAUUUCACCACGGGGUAGUCCGCCACACUUGAGGCGAACUCCACCAAAGUUUCGAAAAGUUUUGGUGCUCAAAGAAAAGAGAUCGGCCGAACCAGAAAACCCAGUGAUGGAUGAGCUACUGUUGUCAUCGAAAUUAAAACGGGUAGAUUCAGCGACCGGAUGUGUAUCCCCACGUGUUCCUGCUGGAGAUGCUCUUCCAUCCGCCGUCUCUGUUCCACGUCCAGCUCAAAAGGCGCCAAAAACCCCCUAUGUCAUUCUGCCAGCAUGUGAUGCUUUCGAAAAAUUCCGGAAGAUCAGUAGAGUGUCUGUGGAUAUUGGAGGGACUCUCAUAAAAGUGGUAUAUUCAUCGGUGAUGGAUGAUGAACUUCCGGAAGAAUCACUGAAUGGACAUGCUCGGAAGUACGCAUAUGAAGAUGGAAAGAGAGUUCUUGUUAAUUUCAAAAAGUUCACAGAUCUUGAUAGAUUGAUCGCUUUUCUCAAAGAGAUUUGGACAGACCGUAAAAGUGGGGAUGUGAUUCAUUGUACUGGAGGAGGAUCCUACAAGUAUUCGGAAAUCAUUAUGAAAGAAUUGGGUGUUCGUCUCCAAAGAACCGAUGAAAUGCGGUCGCUCAUCUUUGGCGUCAACUUCCUAUUGAGCACAAAUGUCGACGAAAGUUUCACUUAUCAUCAUGACGCUAUUGGAAUUAAUAAAUUCCAAUAUCGUCCAAUCGCUGCCGAUCUAAUUUAUCCAUUCCUUCUUGUGAAUAUCGGAACUGGAAUCAGUAUUCUGAAAGUGGAUUCACCAACGAGUUACGAACGAGUUGGUGGAAGUUCAAUGGGUGGAGGAACAUUCAUGGGACUCGGAAGCUUAUUGACUCCAGCUCAAAAUUUCGACGAACUACUUGAAAUGGCGAAUCGGGGAGACCACAGAAACGUUGAUAAGUUGGUAUGUGAUAUUUAUGGAGGAGCUUACGAUGAGCUCGGAUUGAAAGCGGAUCUUAUUGCUGGAUCAAUGGCGAAGUGUAAUCGAUUUGGUGAAGCGCCAAUGAAGCAGACACAUAAACCAGAAGACAUUGCUAAAUCACUUCUUUUGAUGGUCAGCAACAAUAUUGGACAGAUGGCCUAUCUCUACGGAACCAGAUACAAUUUGAAGAGGAUAUACUUUGGAGGUUAUUUCAUUCGUCAAGAUCCAAUUACAAUGAGAACUCUUUCGUUUGCCAUCAACUAUUGGAGCAAGGGAGAAAUUGAAGCAUUGUAUUUGAAGCACGAAGGAUAUUUGGGUGCUAUGGGUUCAUUUUUAGACGAGGAUGGUAAAUUGGACGAUUGA